AUGGAGAUCCAUUUGCCUGCAGAGCCCCUGGCAGAAAUCUUCAGCUAUCUGGACGGCUUCAGCUUGCUCCAGGCUGCCCAAGUGAACAAGAGCUGGAAUGUGGUCGCAGACAGGGAGAGCCUGUGGAGGAGGCUGUGUCUGAGGAAAUGGUGCUUCGGUGACGUCACCCGGGAACACCUGUGCACACAGCUGUGGCAACAGCUGGGUGCGCAGACCUGGAAACAGUUCUUCCGCCGCCGAACAAGACAAGAACGCUGCAUGGAGUGGGCUCGGCCGGAAGACUUCAUCUACAGAGAAAUACCUGGAAGCUUUGGUAUGGAGCUGGGGCCCCUGGAGGAGAUACCUGCACUGGUUCCUCUUUUGGCCAAGAAUUGUUGGGGUUUCUUUACAGGAGACUUUAGAAUUAUAAAGUAUCUCUCAGGAAGUAGCCUCACCAUGGAUGGACAAGGGAAGUCGAUCCUCUGCACAGUGUCUGACGAGGGCACGCUUUCUACUUGGGAUGUGCAAGAGGGCAUUAAGAUCUGGUCAAGCCCAGUCCAGGACAGCAUCAUCAUCAAUCUGGCUACCCUCCCUGAGAUGCAGCUCGCCAUCACUCUAGAUAUUCAAAGAACCCUCAAAGUGUGGAACUGUCAAGAUAGAGACUCUCUGGCUGCUAUAAACAUAUCUCAAGGAUGUUAUACCUUGAAAGCUUUUGUUACAAAGAAUAUCCCAUUCUUGAUGGUGGGCGAUUGUGAGGGUCACAUCUACACAUUUACGCUGCCUAAGUUAUUGUACCUUUCUAAAGUAAAAGGAUUUGAAUAUCCUAUUCAACUCCUACACUGCUCUCCUGAGAAUAAAUGGGUCUUUGCAUGUAAGAUACAUCCACAUGUCUUCCCAAAGAAAGUCAAAAAGCAAAUAAAAAUGUAUCAGUCCCGAGGAAGUCCUCAGGAGAAGCUCAUCUGUCUCAUGGUACCUGUGAACUGGGCACCAGAGAACAGGGAAUUAAGAAGGAAGGUGCUAAAAACAGUGCUGGAUGUGGUGGCACAAGCCCGUUACCCCAGCUCUCAGGUGGAUUCUAGGGGAGUGGGAAGUGGGGAGUCUAAUGGAAGGAGGCUUGCUGUAAACGCAUGUUCCUGUGUCAUAGCACACCUUACCAUGGUCAAUUACAUGGACUUGUCAGAGCCCUGGACUGUUUUCAUUGUCCCAGCAGACUGGACACAGCAAAUUGCAAAUUUCCUGUUGCCUGCACAUAUAGACACACCAAAUUUGAUGGGAGUCAGUGAUGCAAAUGUGAUUGUCUUUGGGAGUGGACCAUCUUUGUUCCUCUGCACCAUUGAUGGCCUCCAGCUGCAUCAACUUGAUGAUCACCAGAGAGACAUCAGAAACUUAUGGGUGUGCUCCCAAGACACCAAGCCCAGUUUAUGCAGUGAUGGGGUGGAACCCAGGGCUUCAUGCCUUCUAGGCAACCCCUCUAGUAACUGA